UUAGUUUUGUGUAGACUGCGGUUCGAGAAGGUUGACGGUUUUCAUUUUGGCUCGCCCGAAAUCGGUAGACAUCACACGCACGCCGAACGGUUUUUGGAUUUUUAAUUUUAUUCGAUCCGACGAUCGAGAAUAUUUUAAGCCAUAAACCGACGAUCGUUCUACCCCUUUCCCCGAGCGAAAUCGUUACGGGCUAUCAGUUUUCGAGUCGUAUACCAAGAGCGUAAUUUAUUCUUCAUCAGGUAUAAAUUAGUUUAUUAUUAUUAUUAUUAUAACUGUUAAUAAUUAUUGUUGUGUUUAUUAGUUUAAUAAUAUUACAUUACGAUACUUACCCGCGAGUAUUAUAACAAUAAACUGGCAGGAUUCAUAUUAUUAUAAUACAACGACGGUUAGCCUACAUAAAUACUAAUAGUUUUGAAAAUACUGCAACGGAAUGAUGUCGACCCAGUAUUAUUUCGUGUUUAAACGGCUACCAAUAGUUAUUAUUGUUAAGAUUAAUUUCCCAGACGAUGAUGGUUUAAUCGUAAUAAUUUUCGACCGCGUUUAACGCUUACAAUUACAUUAAAUCGUCGACUGCUAUUAGGUGUAUUUGAACCCGAUAUUAGGUAUAUUCCACAAUGGCUGCAAUAUAUAAUUACGUUUUAAAUAUUUUUUAAAUUUUAAAUAAUUACCCGAUUGCAACGGUAAUAAUUAUAAUCAAAUAAACGCUAGCGUUGAGAAUAAAACGAUUACGAUUUGAUCGAUAAUGUAUUAUUAUCAUUAUUAUUAUUAUUAUUAUAUAAAUGGGUUUUGCAUAAUAAUAUAAGAAAACACUCCGAGCUAUACAACAAGCUCUUGACAUUUAAAUUGUAAGAAAAUUGAUCUUAAACAAUUUUGACUAACGUAGAUAUUAUGUAGGUACGUGUACGUUUACAUCGACAUUAUACUGUGUAUUAAAUCAAUAACAGAAGUGCGCAUUAUCGUUCAAACGAUACGUUUGCGUAUAAAAAAUUAUAAUACGAGUAUUUUAUUACUUCCGAUACCUACCUACCUAUAAGAAAUGCGUUAAUAUGAUAUGAAAUCCAACCGUAAAUACAUAGGUAUGACGUAUAUAGUCGUUUUAGAUGAAUAGGUACCGUAGUUUUUUUUUUUUUAUCAAUUUAGUAUCCAUAGUAACUAUGUUUAUACUUCCUUAAGGUUCAAAGAAAUAUUCGAUCAAUUCGUUUAACUAUAAAAUUGAUGAAAUCGUUAUUAAAAUACGAUGAAGAUAACUACGAAUCAUUACAAAUAUUUAGGUACUUACUAUAUGUAUAUACUGGAUAAUAUGUAUUAUGCGGUUUGUCAAUUCAAAUUUUUAAAUGUAGAAAUGAUUUCAGUGAUUUAUUUGUAAUAUUAAAAUAAAAUACUCAUCAGGAAAUACAUGCACUUGUCUCAUGUCCUAAACAUCAUAAAAUAAAGAUGAUUUUUCAUAUUUUAAAUAAAAGCCAAAUCGUUCUUCAUUUUUUUACUUAAAAAAAAUAUUUGCAUCAAUACAAUAAAACACGUACACACAUACAUACCUACUAUUAAAUUGAAUACAUGUUUAAAUCAAUUGUUCUUACAGUCCUUUACAACAUUUCUGAAUAGGCGAAGAGUAUUAAUUUCCUCGUCCUGUAUAUACACAUUAAAAAAAUAAUAUAUAAUAUACAGUCAUCUUGCAAAACAACGUGUAAUGUAACAAAAAAAAAAAAAGAAAUAAUAAUAAUUCAAUAUUAAUUAACCGUCUACUGGUUGAUGUAAAAAAAAAAGUAUGAUUAAAUAGUAAGUAUAUGAUUUUUUUUUUUUUUACUAACGUUUGCAUAUAGACUAUAGUUUAUGAGGAAGAGACUACCCAUAUAAACUUUUGUUUUAAAUAACAUCUAGGUAUUCAUAUAUUAUUAUUAGUUAAUGUACCUAUUAUGAAAUAAAAAUAUUCGAAGAAUAAAGUUUAUUCCAUAUGAAAGUAAAAUAUCUUAUUUUGUACAAAUAUGUGUUAAGUAGGCACCUAAAAAUACCAAUCUAAAAUUGUAAAUAUGCUACCAAUGCAAAAAAAAUUAAACCAUUAUUAACAUAUUUCAUUUCUGAUAAUGUGUUAUAAUGUUAUACAUAUGAUAAUAUUCGUACAUACAUACAUACAACAUAAAUACAUACAUACAUGCAUACUUACAUACAUACAUACAUACAUACAUACAUACAUACAUACAUACAUACAUACAUACAUACAUAUAAACUUUAUAUUUUAGGUUGGUAUUUAUAGAAACGUGUAUAAAUUCUCUUCACUCGUAUCCUGCAACGAUUAGAUAUUGAAAAAUGUACACAGAUGAUAAAAAUACUCGAAAUAGUUUAUUAAUAAGUAAUGAAAUUAUUGCUACUAAAUGCAGUAACCAUAGCUUAUAGAAAAAAAAAUUAAAAUUCGGUAGUAUAGAUAUUAUUUAACCUCAAGGAUUACCAGUUUCAACUUUACCUACCAUCCACUUAUAAUUUAUUAGUGAACAGCGCAGAUCAAUUAUUAUUAUUGCGACUAUAUUUAUAGAAAUAAGAUCAUUCAUAACAAUACAGACUGUAUAAUAAUAUGAUAAUGAUUGGAAUUUAAGUCUUGACCCUCGUGAUGAAUUGGACAUUCACCAUGAUCAAUCCUCAUUCAGGUUCAUUGAUACCUAUAGGGCUUAGCGAUAUGAUUGUUUCUCGGCAUUUAAUUUAUGACUGUUGCGAAAUAAGCAGUUUAAUAUUUACAUGAAGACCCCGUUAUACUAAUUGUUCUCGACAACAAGAAUUCAAAUAACUCAAACAUAUAUGCCGGGGUAUGGAAUUAAGUAGGUAGGUUAUAUCAAAGUGUCGUUUAUUAUACAUUUUAAACAGCUGGUAAUGAAAUCCUUUAAUUUCAACUAAAUAAAUAUAAUUGCUAGUCUUACCUUACUGGGAUCAUAUGAUAUCCAUCAGAACAUAUAUGUAUACAUUUUCCAUGACUAUUGCGCAUGUAUAGGUACUAUUCGUACCAAUUAUUUUCAUAAAGUAAUAAAUAUAUAAAUUAAAAUUUAUAUUAUAUAAAAAUAAAAUAAAUAAAUGAAUCAAUGCGUCGCCUGGAGUAUUAUAAGUGUACUAUAUGACCGGUUUCGAAUUAAAAAUUCAUCAUCAGGUAUAUCACAGUCAAAGUGUAAAACGCGACUGAAUAUAAAAAAUUAAAUGAAGGAAUAUAUAGGGAAAAAAUAAAAAAAUAAUACAAAUUGGUCGUUUAACAUUUUAAAUAAUCUCUCCUAUUAAAAUUAAUUAUUUCUAUAUUUUACGUAAAACGACCAAUUUGUAUGAUUUUUGUAUUUUUAUUUACUUUGAUAUAACCUACCUACUUAAUUCUAUGCCCCGGUAUAUAUGUUUGAGUUGCUUGAACUUUUAUUUUUUUAUGAAUAUUAAUCAUUUUUAUAAUUUUGUUUUUACUUCAUUAUUCUAUUAUUAAUUAUUUUCAAUAAAAAGUUGUUUUUCCAAUACCAUUUCUUUAUAUAAAUGAGUACCUAUUUAUUACUGUUUUAUAUUACGUAGUUCUUUGGUUUGUGGAUUUUAAAACAAUAUCAUUUAAUCCCUUCUAAAAUGUAAUUAUUAUUGUUAUUAUUUAACUCGUUAACACAUAAAAUAUACAUUUGCUCUCCAAUGCCGAAUGAUUUAAUGACAUCCUUAGCAAUAUUUAGUACAUAGGUUCUUUCUUUCUUGGAUUCUCCAUUAUAGAAAUUCAAACCUUAAAAAUCAACUUUUAAAAAAGUAUGAGGCUCAAAAAAAACUCAAUUAACACCUAUAAUAUAAAACUGAUUUUUAAUUUAAAUUUUAGUAAAAGAAUAACAACGAUUAUACAAUUACUUACUAUUAAUUUAAUUCAUUAAUCUGUUAUAUUAGCGGUUCUCAACAUUUUGAAAUCCAGGUUCUCUUUUAAAAUAUUAAAAUGAGAUCAAGCUCCCUCCCUAUUAUAAGAUUAGAGUAUAUAAAUAUUAAAAUAUACAUUUUUAUGUUCUGUCGGAUUUUCAAGUCUUUUUGAAGAAAAUUUUUUAAAUUUUACCAUGCCUUCACUUAAGAACCCUUGAGCUAUAUAAAUGAAUGAAUAAUGAAUAUGUACUAAUUAGCAAUUACUAUUUUUCUUAUAAGAACGAUUUUAACCAUUUCCGUUUUAGGUUUACCACUUUUAGAUUCCAUCUUUGUGGUUUCGUUUUCAAAAAUAAUAAUAAUAUAUUGAUAUUCUGAAAAUUACAAAAAAUAUAAUGUUAAAGUAACACUGAGAUAAGUAAAAUGUCAAAACAAAAUAAUUAAUUAUUUAACCACAAAUUAAAAUAAUAACAUUUAUUUAUUAUUACGAAGUAAACAUUUUAAUUUAAAUAUCUACCCAAUGGUGAGAACAUUUUCUCUCUUAGAUUCUAAACGCAUCAAAUGAUCCUGCAAUAUAUCAGUAAUUUUUAAAAACAUAUUCAGGGAUAGUAAAAUUUAUUAAAAACAUUAUCCAGGAACUAAAUUUUUAUGAUUAAAUUAAAAGGGUAAUUUCUUUUUAUUAUAAAAAUAUAUUUGCAAUUUAUAAUUGGAUAUAACAAUAUGUAAUUGUGAAUUAAGCAAAUGUGAUGAAGGUUUAGGAAGAAUAGAAAAAGAGAAUAGAGGCAGCCGCCUAUUAGCACCACCCCUAGAAAAUAUUAUUUUAAAAUAUCAAGUAACUGUUGAUUUUCUCAAUGUUUUUUCCUAAAUGAAUAAAUCAAAAAAAAAAAAAAAACAAUAAAUUACCAAAAACUAGGUAAAUUGCAAUUAAUUUAAACCACAAUAAAAAUCAAAUAUAGAUUCAGAAUAUUUUUUUAAAAAUAAUGCUUUAUGGCAAAGUACUUUAAAAAUUUAAAAAAUGUUCAUCUGUGUCAUUUGAUUAUAGGUUAUUGAUUUAAUUAUAAUAAGCCCUGCAUUUUAAUUUACAAUUUAUUAUUGCAUUAUAAAAUUCAAACGAGUAAAUCGCAACAUAAAAAUACAAUGUUAUACUUAAUUUAGUUCUAAUCUUUGUUAUUUUUUUACAACGUAAUUACUGUAAAUCUUUAUUUUUUAUAGUACAAUAUUAUACCGAUUAUACCGGAAGGAAUUAUCUUAUUUAGAGCAUGUUUUUAAAUAAUAAAUAUUCAAGGACAUUUUGGGGUGUUAUAUUUCCUCAAUCAAUUAUUAUACAAAUUAACUAUUAUAAUUGUUAUUUAUUAACUAUUAAUCAAUGUACAACAUACAAUAUUUAUAAUUUAGUUAUUUUUUCAAUAUCAUAUUUUCCUUAAUUAAUUCGGGAUUUGAAUGUUUCGAUAGUAAACAAGUAUUAUUCAACAGGGUCGGUAGAAGGGGAGGGAAACUAGGCACCCCACCUAGGGCCUCACAUUUUAUGAGGCCUCUCGUUUUUAGAUUCUGAGCUAAGCGAGAAACGUGUUAGUUUUAUUAUGAUGUGUGAAGUUUUUUUUUGUAUCUGAAUAAUUUAUACUAGAAAUUCUAAAAUAAUUCUAAUUUUUAAAUGUAAAAAUUAUAUUUUUGCGGAAGUACAUCUAGUACAUCUUCUGAAUUUCAGAAUUAUUUACAACAAAAUAAUAUAAAAUAAAAUAAACUAGGUAUCUAUUAAUCUUUGAAAAAUUAUCGAUAUUUUUAUAAAAUCAAGUUCGACUUAUGUUGGCUUUUUACACAAAUCUAUAAUUUUAUUCCAAUGUGGAUGAAACUAUACACACUCAACAUUUCAAAAAAUAGGAAGGCCACUGCCUAUUUUUUAUCUCGAAAUUCAACCCCUAAACUCUAAAGAGUGGGUGACCCAGAGUUUUUGGUAUUUUUGGGACAAAACCUGAAUUGUUUCUGUUGAUUUAUAGGUUACCUUUGUAACUUGGAUACACAUGAAAAAAAAAUUUAUUCCAUCAAUAUAUAAUGUUUAAAUAUACAUAAAUAUAUAAAUUUAAUUUUAAGAAGUUAGUUAAAUAAUAAAUUGAUGUUAUUCUAUGCAUUUAUUCAUUUAAAAAUAAAUUCAGCGCUAAAAAAAGAGAUGAGUAAAAGGUUUUCACUGUUGAUUUUUGUUUUCAGGACCCUCCAAAAUACCUUUCCAAGGGCCUCCCAAAAGUUCCAGUGCCUGACGCCGGCACUGUUAUCCAAUAAAUUAGUUAAAAUUAAAUAUUAUAUUAUUUAAGAAGAAUAAUAAUAAUAAGAUGAGCAAACAAUAAAGGUUUAGCACACGUUAAAAACAUUAUGAUUAUUGAUUAUAAUUAUUUGUGCAAUGUGCCUAUAAACUAGGUAGGUAGGUAGGUAGGUAUUAUAUUAGUUUUAAAGUGUUUUGACAUCAAUUAAAUAUGACUGAUAAAUUUUAAUUUACAAUAUUAAUCGUUUGAAAACAAUACUAAACAAAUACAAAUGCACUUAAAAUCGACAUCAAUUGCAUUAGAAAUAGGUACCAGUAAUAUGCAAAUAAAUGUAAGUAAACAAAUUAUGGAUUAAUAUUAUAUGCAAUAAUUUGUAAAACAAGUAUUAGAAAACUACUAUAGAUAAAGCUUGUUUUAUCUAAAUUAGCGUCUUAAAUUCAAAACAUUUGAUACCUUUUCAAUUUGUAAAAAUAGAUAAAGAAUAAUAAUAAAACUUAUCAAUUAUUAAUCUCAUGAAAACUAAUACUCUCAAUCGUUCAUUUAGUCAUUGACCUGCCCACAGGAAAGUUAAUGAUAUAGUACCUUCAGUAAGUAACAAACAAUGUUUAUUUAAAACUAAAAUAUAAUUAUAGUGUUUUAUUAACUUAAUAUGAACAGUUUCAAUAAUAAACCUAUUUUUUUUUCUUUUUUAUUUACAAUCUAUUUAAGACAUAUUUUCAAGAAUUUAAUUUUAUCUCUUUGGACAAUGAUUUAAAUUUUUGACACAAAUAUAUUAUAUUGCAUAUGAUAUUUAUUAUUUUAAUUGAAUACUUAGGUAUAUUAUUCAGUUUUAGUAAAUCGAUUAAAAAUAAUAAAUACCUAUAUAAGCAUUAAAAAGAAAGAAUCCUUCUUAUGAAUGAAUGCCAUUUAAUCAAUUGAAUUUUAAACGAAUUAAAAUAUUGUUGUUUAAUGAAUAAGCAAAGUUCAUAACAAUACUUUAAAAAUGUAAAACAAAAACGAAUUAAGUAGAUAGGUGUAUAGUAACUGUUGUGUUCUAUUGUUUUAAGACUAUUUUUUAUUAUUAUUUUUUUAAUGUUUUACAAUCAUGCUCCGUAAUAACAUUUAAUGUCUAUGACUUGCGACAAAAAUAAAACAUUAAUAAAUAUUAACACUUAAAAGGGUCAUCAGAAAUAAAUAUAUUGUAUAAACGAAAAAAGUGUCUGCACCUUAUUGUGUUGCAAGUUAAUUGGACACUCGAUUGGGAGCAUAUUUACGUACAUACCUAUACUUUUUAGAUACCUAUGCACCACUCAACAAACAUAUUUCUGUUGUUUCAAACACCACCCCGUUAACAAUAAUAAUUUUCCGCAUUCAUAAACACCGUAAUUAGAAUCGGCUAUACGGUUCGUUGAAUUUAUCAAAAACAGUAUUUGUGGGAAUACAUAUAAGGUAGCAUGUUCCUGAUGGUUGUAAAUAUUUUGUCAAACUCCAGUAUACCUACCGUAUAGGUAUGUACAUAACACUAUUAUGUUUAGAAUUCCUAUCGAGCGUCGCGUCAACACGUCUUUUCCUCAUUAUCCGGGAUCGCGUUUUAUGGUCUUUUUUAUUUGUGUACAAUCAUGUCUUCAUAUACGUCGUAACAAAAUUUCACACAUGUUAGAAAACUCGUUUGCAAUAAAAUUCUAUGCCUACACAUAAAUAAACACACAGACCGUAAUAAAGUGUACAAUUUUAUUUAAACUUUGUGUUAAAUAUAUAUGAUAUGUAGUUAAUCUGAAUAUUUCUUUUGUACAGAUAUGGAUAGUAUUUUGAAUAUUUUAAAAAUAUAUACCUCUAAAUAUACAAUACUGUAUUCCGAAUGGUUUUAAGAAGUAUUGUAUUCCUUAAAUAUAAUGCUUUUUUCUCGGUAUCAUUUUUAAGUGCUUAGUGCUUUACUAUAUUUUAUGAGAUAUAUGCCUUUUUUUCCCUGGAAAUACUUUUUUCGAUUUGUAAAAAUUCUCAGAUUUAUAAUUUAAAAUAUGUGUAAUUUUGACCCAGUUAUACUAGAUUUAAAAUAUUAUUUUUUGAAUUAUAAUACACAAUUAUGUUACCUAUAUCAUCAUAUAAUAACUAUACUUGUCUUAAAUCAUCCGAACUUAACCCUAAAUUUUCAAAGAGUAUUUAAUAUACAUAUAUGAGCAUAGGUUUAUAAUAAAUUAUCCUUUUGAAUAAUUUUAAAUUGAAUUAAUUAAUUAAUCUAAUUUUAAAUUCAGAAGAGGAGAACAUAUUUUAUUUUUAGUUAUUCUGUGAAUUAUACUAUAUUUCUAAAGAAAGUAUACCAAAUAUAUAUAUUUACUAUUUAGUACUAUACACUAAACACCAUGAACCACAUUAAUACAUUAAAAAAAUAUAAUGUUAAUAUCGUCCACCCUUUCCUUUUGGCACCAAAAAUUUAUUGUUAACGUUCUUUAUGACUAGAGCGCGGAUUUGUAUGCAUUUGCAUAAUUAUUUUAGUUGAUCAUAUGACAUGCCAAGUGAGCACAAAAUGUGUUUCAUGACAUAACGAUUUAAAAAUGAAAAUUUUUUAGUGCAUAUUUUUGCAUAUUUCAUCUUUUAGUGUAUAUUUCGAUGUUUUUUGUUUUUUUAGACGUUUUUUAAAUAUUAAUGUUAUAAUACAAGAAAAAAAUAUUAUAUUUUUAUAGUUUCGAUUAAUAUCAAAAUAAAUGAAUACUUGUAUACUUGUAGGUAUAAAUGGUAUUACAACCAUUGACCAUUGGCAUAAAAAUGCCGAAAGGUAAAUUGCUUUGGAGAGUCUUAUUUAUUAAAACUACCAACGAAAUGAUGAAAGUGAAGAAAAAAAAUUAAAAAAAGUAUUUUUAUGUAGAAGGGUUCCAUAAUUUUAAAUUUAUUGUUUUAAUUAAAUAUUCAAAAAAUCAAUUUUUUUUUCUAAUUUUUAUAUGCAUAUAUUUAUGCAUAUUUAAGAUUUUUUAGCGCAUAUUUGGUUAGUUUUUAAUAAAUUUGAAUCCGCGUUUUAUUUAUGACCUUCAAAAUAAAUUCAUGCAAAGAUGUAUAUUAUUUUAUGUAAAGAUACAAAAACGUGGAAGUUAAUUGAAAUUAUAUACCUACAAAAUUAUUUAAAUAUUUGCACGCAAUGUACCGGACAAUUAUAUGCAAUUUUUACAUUCAUGUAUGUAUCUAAUACGAGUAUAAAAUAUAUGCUAUACAGUGUUUGAAAAAAACGCGUUCAAAUUUGAACGCGUUCGAUUAUACGUGAACAAGCCACGGACGCAUUCAGUUGAAGGACAUUUGAAUGCGUUCAAUUAUUACACGAACAUGAACGAUUUGUUUUUGUUCAUUUAACGUUCAUUUGAUAAAAAAAAAGUCAUAAUAAUAUUGUAUUACAAUCACGAACUAAGAUAAAAUGGACUGACAACGACAAGGCAAACGCUUGGUAACAGUGCAGUCGAGUUUUGAAACGGAGAAUACUUAAGUGGAGAGAAUACAAAAACAGCAAUGGUUUUAGCGGUGAUUUUCUGAACUAUAAAGUAUACGCUGUCGCUGUGUGAAAGAGUUUUGUGAAUGAGACAUAAUAUAUCUCUUUUUAUUUAGUCUUUGUAUUUCCUCCUCCACAAAAACCCCGUUUCAAAAUUUCAAAAUAACAAUAGUAAUGGUAUAUAAUAAUAAUAUGUAACAUUAAUUAUUUAGAUUUUUUUUUAUCACUUCGGAUUACGGUUUUAUAAGCUACAUAAUCCACAAUAAUAAUGUUUGAUAUCUAGAGAUUUUAUGGCAACGCUGAACGCUUCCAUUUUUCAAUGAACGUGAACGUGAACAAGUUUAUGAUAAAAUUAUCAGAAACAAUAAAUAAUAUAAGUAAUACAGAAUUAAUUAUUUAUUGUUGAAGCAUAUUUAAAAUACUGCUUGAUAAAUACAUACUUUGUAUUACAACCUACAAAUUAAAAAAAAAACCUAUUCACAAUUAAUGUCAAAUUAUUAAUCUUUAUAGUUAUUGGCCAAAGAAUACAAUAUUGACAGCAAUAUAGAUUUUAAGCAUCUAUUUAGUAAAAUAUUUAAAAAGAUUAAAAAUGAUUUUCAUAAAUACAUAAAUACAUGCUGAUUCAUUAAAGUAGAUAUACAUUUAUUACUCCGAAAAACAUUAACUAUUUUUUUUUUGGAAAUUUAAGAAACAAUCAGCUCUAAGAAGUUAUGUUUUUAUAUCCUAUUGAUGAAAAUGUAAAAUGUCAGCACCAAAAUGUAUUUUCACUAACAGUCCAUUUAUUUAUGGAAUUUUUAAUAUAGGUUGCCAAAAUCAAAAUAGGUAAUAGUUUCGCUCCCAAAAAUUAGGGUGACACAAAUAAUGUAAAUGUAACUUCUUAGUCUCAAAUACUUUUUAAUAUUAAAUAAUUUUUGAAGAAGUCGUCUUACAUAAAAAUAAAAUUAGGGAGUCGCGAUUCGUGAAAGGUUGAAAAUCAUUGAUCUAUGCUACAAUCUACAAAGGAUGUAUUUUUAAAAGUUUUGUGAAAUAUUAUUUUACUAUUGAUAUUACUUGGAUAGAUAUGUCUCAUAGUCAUCUUCAAUAUUUACUUAAUUUGGCUGCCAAUUUAUUUUGAAUCUAUAUAGAUAAACAUAAUAAAAUUAUUUUUAUUAGUGAAUUAAUAAUAUUUCUUUUAAUUUCGUAGGAAUAUUAUUUAUUACCGUAGUAAAGUAAUCUCGUUGAAUAUGGCUUCAGAAAAAAUCGCUAUGACCCAAAGAUCGCUAAUGGAAGAAGAACAAUCACGAGCUGGAAAUCAAAAAUGGACUCAAUAUUUAGCUGCAUUAAUUGGUAAUAUUUUUUGAUUAUAAAAUUAAACUAAUAUUAGUAGUUUAGCAAAUAAAAUUUACUUUACUUACCUUAUCCAUUUGACGUAUAGCAACGAUUGGUGGGUUCGUCGCGGGUACAACCCUUGGAUGGACAGCUCCAGCCGGUCCAAUGAUGGAAGCCGACCAAUAUGCAUUCAAAAUAACAAACGACAAUCUUGCAUGGAUCGGAGCAUUAAUGCCACUUGGCGCCAUGCUUGGAUGUCCAGUUACAGCUGGCCUGGUUGACAAGUUAGGACGUAAAAACAUGAUGCUCAUGUUAGUCGCACCCACACUUGUCGGUUGGGCUAUGAUAAUAUGGGCUGAAUCUGUAAAUAAAAAUUUAUAUAUUUUUUUUAAAUGCUGUUCAAAGCGUUUAUUUAAAAAAAAAUUGUUUUAAGGUGAUGUGGAUUUGUAUUGGCCGACUUUUGACUGGAUUUGCAGGCGGUUCGUAUUCUAUUAUUGUACCUUUAUAUACUUCCGAAAUAGCUGAAAAAGAGAUUCGUGGUACUUUGGGUACAUAUUUCCAGCUACAAGUUACAGGAGGAAUCUUAUUCACCUACAUUGUUGGAUCAAAGGUAAGAUAAUAUUAUAAUUUUUAAUUAUUUAAAAUAACUGUUUUUUUGUUUAUAUAUUCCUACCACUAUUUUACCAACACGCGUAUUUAUAUAUUUAUAGUUCAAUGUUUUUGGUUUAUCAAUUAUUUGCGCCAUAAUUCCAAUUGUAUAUGCUUGUUUGAUGGUUUUAAUACCGGAAAGUCCAAAUUUUCAUCUUAUGAAAGGAGACGUUGAAAAAGCUCGUUUAUCAUUAAGAUACUUCCGUGGACCUUAUGGAACAGUAGACCAAGAAUUAUCUAUAAUGCAAGACUCAUUAGCUAAGGUAUAUUAUAUUAUUGAAAGAAAUGUCAAUAAAAUACCAUAAAUGUUUUUUUUUACAGACUGAAAGAGAAAGAGUUCCAUUAAUGGAAGCAUUCCAAACAACGCCAGCAAAACGUGGUUUAUUUAUCGGUGUUGGUGUUAUGCUUUUACAACAAUUUACUGGAUGCAAUGCUGUUAUAUUCUAUGCAACAUUUAUUUUCAAAGUAAUAUAUUUAUUUAUUAAAUUAUUUAACUAUGACGUACUUAUAUACAUUGGAAAUAAUACCACAUUUUCAAAACAGGAAGCCGGUAGUGCGAUGGAACCAAAUACAUCGACAAUUAUUGUUGGCCUCAUGUCUGUUAUUGCUACAUAUAUCUCUACACUAGUUGUCGACCGAUUGGGUAGAAAAAUUCUACUUUUAUGUUCCAUCGUUGUCAUGGGAAUUUGCACUCUAUUCAUUGGUGUAUUUUUCUAUAUGAAGGAGACCAAUUACGAUGUUUCAUCAAUUGGAUUCAUUCCACUAACAUCCAUGUGUUUGUUCCUAAUCCUAUUCUCUAUUGGUUUUGGUCCUAUUCCGUGGAUGCUGAUAGGUGAAAUCUUCCCGGCACAAAUCAAAGGUAAAUAAAAUAGAUUUUGGUUAUUCCUCAUAACGUCGUGUUUUAUAUUUGAUUUUACAACUGUAGGUACCGCUUGCUCAAUCGCCUGUAUGGCUAAUUGGCUCUUCGCUUUCUUCGUCACGAAAUUCUUCUCGACGUUGGUAUCCGCUAUUCAUAUAUACAAUACCUUCUGGUUAUUCACACUGUUCAGCGUGUUGGGUACGUUCUUUGUACUUUUUAUCAUUCCUGAAACCAAAGGCAGAACAAUGGACGAAAUUCAAGAAAUGCUUGGUGCAGGCAAUGAUCUUACGCCACCAACACAAGUCAAUGCUUCAAUGGACACCAAAGAAAAGUACUAAUUCACAUCUAUUGAAUUUGUCAUUCGUUCCAUCUCCGCCUUCCCAAUUAAAAUUAAACAUGGUUGUUUUAUUGAAUCAAUAUGAAUCAAUAAUUUUUACAUACGAGUUGAUAAUUACAUCUGUUUAAGGAUGUUCUUGUUUUUUUUUUUUUGUAGAAGAUUAUUUUUUAAAUAAUCAUUAAUAAAAUCAAUAUCAAUAUUGAUAGUUAUAGGAAGGCAGACUUGUAAACAUUAUUUUUACUAACAGAAUAAUGAAUUAUGACUGGUAACGUAUUUUUUUUUACACUUAUACAAUGAAAAAACCAACUAGUAAAUUAUUUAUAUCUUAACUACUAGACCACGAUGAACAAAAUCCAUAAAAUAUAGGGUCUAGUAUUAAUGAUAAUCAAAUUUGUAUCAUCAUAUCAUUAUAUUUUAUUUAUGAACAUUUUAUCCAUUUCAAUGUUAUAAAACCGAUCGAUUAUACAUAUUGAUUUUCGGUUUUUAUAUAUACCUACAUAUAUUUUUUAAGUGUAAAAUCGUCAGAAAUAUCGUUGAACUCUAGCUGAGAGUUAACGUGUUUUGACGAUUUAAAUCUGUGAUACUUUGAAAUAACUAUAGUUAUUGUAUAUAAGUUGAAUGUGUGUAACAAACAAACGAAUGAAAGAGCCCAAUGCAAUAUUAGUUAAUAAGUAAUUACU